GCGAUUGUGUGUGCGCGCGCGCGCGUCCGUGUGCGUUGGAGAGCGUACGUUGGUGUAUAGUAUACGCGAGAGAGUCGGUGCGCCUCUCGGCCGUGGGCACAAAUCGCGAGUAAAAUGGAAGCGGAAUUUCGCUGCGAGGUUGAGGUCGGCCGUUGAGCACAGUGAACAUGGGAAGGUCCAAGUUUCCCGGCAAGCCGCCGAAAACGGCCACCAGGAAACGGAUCAAGGUGCUCGGCCAACCCGAGGUAGUGCAGAACGAUCCGGUAACCGUUGCCGAGAACAUCUACUACGGACUUUCCCUGUUCAACGAAACAUUCGGUGACAACGAGAAGGAACAUCCACCGUUCCAUGGGUUCAGCACUAAGGAAGCUAAUCUUUCUGCGUCUUAUAUAAAAACACAACAACACAAUGCAGAGGAGAGCAGCAGCAAAUUGCCCUCAGAUACAGUCGAAGAUCCUGCACCACAGUCGAGCACAAAGAAGGAUAACAUUGAUGCUAAGAAUUCUCCCUCUGACACCGACAAAAGCACAGAGAAGCUCAACAAUGGGAGUUCAGAACAGGUGGAGGACAGCACGAGUGCAGCUGCAGCCUUGUUGAUUACCAAGCAACCUCCAAAAAUUCACAAGGCUAAGAAUCGUAGGAGUUGCAAGAAUAUCAAAUUUUCCAAUUACCUGAAGAGUCCAGUGCUAAAGUCAGUGAACAACAUCUUGGAUCAGCAUCAACGAACCAGGCAGUUGCGUAACAGCACUGCAAAGCGUUUGUUACAAAGGGCAAAAUCUAAUGGGAGUAACACGCGUAACCUAGUGGUGCAACCUGGGGAGAAGGCCAGCACAGUGAGGAAAUUUGUUUUGCCCGUUCGCAGUGUGCACUCAUCGAGGGUUAUAAAGCCAAAUAAGAGAUUCAUUGAGGAAUUGGAAGAAGUUAAUGGUACAGAGCACAGUGAGAACGAGAUCGGCGUACACGUGAAGAAGGCCAAAUUCAAUUCGGACAAACUCUGCAGCCAGGAAUCAAAAUUAAAGGGAGACGAGGCUGGCAAGUGUACAAAAGUGAAAGACAAAGAGACGCGGGGCAAGCCGAAAAAAGCAAUACAGAGUGCAGACGUUGACGACCAAGUUGCGACUCAGCAAACGAAGGGCACAGAAAAAAUCGCAAGUUCUGUACAAAACGCACUAAUAUCAAAAGUCACUCAUAGAGAAAUAAAGAAAUCUCAUACCGUAUCGUGUAAGAAUAAAGUAUCAAACGACACAUCUGACAAUUCCAAUAGCAAUCAGGAGUGCUCACAGAAUCCGAGCAAAGCGGCACAAAACGUAAAAUCAACAGUUCCCAGAAAUCAGAAGCAGAUUUCUAUUCCUACAAAAGUUCUUCCUGAUUCCAAUGUUCCAAACUUCGAGUCUUCCAGGGUUCAGACCAGAUCAGGAACUCAAUGCGAGGUGGCGACCGAUGUGAGUAAUCAAGCGAGCUCCGAAAGUGGUGCAGGAUUGACGGAAGGUGGCUGUGCGAAAAACGACGAUCAGCCUGAGAGCGCUGACAAGACUGUGGUGCAUACAUUGGACAAUUUCGAGACAGAGAGCAAUCUAUCUGAGAGCGAGAGUGAGCAUAGCAAUCACACAGAAGAUGAGCAAUCCGAGUUUAGUGGUAUGAAACUGAACGGUGGUAAAGUUAUUCUAAGAAAAGCGAGAUUAAAGUUGGAUAAUAAGUGCUUAACUGGAACGGAAGGACCAUUCUCAACGACGAGCACUAGCAAUACCAUGGGAGGAGGAGGAGGUACCAAUUUAGGAUUAACAGGAACUAUAAAAUGUGGUGUUUGUGGUGCCGUGCGAUUUUAUCGAUUCGUUAAACAGGCGCGCAAGUUCGGCAUUCACAGUUGCGAGUCUUGCCGAAAGUUUAUUAGCAAGAUGAUCAAACGUCAAACUUGCGCCAAAUCCUCAAACAACGUUCUUCCUAUUCUCCAGUGUCAUAAGGGCGACGGUCUGUGCUUGGUUCCGCCUGUUGUGAGGAGUCAGCAAUGGAACCUCAUGAGAUGCGUUUAUAAGGCUAGAUGUCCGGCUUGUUGGCUGAAGAUGUGUUUGAAAUGUUACAACAUUCCAUCCGCCCUGAAGACAGGCUUAAACACAUUGUUACCGCCGAUAAUGAGAGAUCCUUUGAGUAUUUCCAUGCCACUCGGUCAAGACGAAGACUGUCAGGGUCAGAAGUUAGGUUCGUCUAAGCUCAGCUGGCCUGCGGAAGAUAGCUCUGAAAGGAAUUUGUUUAAAUCCGCUACGAGUUGGAAAAACUUCGGGAUGGGACAAAAGAUGAGUUAUCAGGGUACCGGAGGCUUUCUGUAUACAAAGAUAGACAAGUUCGACUCCUCAAUGAGCAUAUCGCCCAACAAGAAAAGGAGAAAAAACAAUAGGAUUAAAGUGAGAAAGAAAAUUAAAAGUCCCGCGCUCACCUUGUCGACCGGGAACCAGUGUCCACAGCCUCUUCGGCAGAGGCUCGAAUUGAAGGGGCCGAGAGUCAAGCAUGUUUGUCGAAGUGCUAGUGUUGCUCUUGGCCAACCCAUUGCGACUUUUCCCGCCGCAGAUGCAAAAGAAGACAACGAACACGGCAAGAACAUUCCAAAGACGGCGAAGGAAACCGAGAAAGCAGAGAAGAAAGACGAUGUCGCGAAAGAAAAAGAAGCGCAGAAGCAUGUAGAGGAUAGUAGUUUAAGUCUUAACGUUAACGUAACGCAACCAUCUCAUCCGAGAAGAGGAAAGCCGCAACAGAGUGUAUCAACGUCGCACUUUCCAGUGAUGUCCAAAGCAGUUACGGACACCCUGUACACAGUCUCCAUAGAUUUCUGGGAACAAUAUGAUCCUUCAGAAGUCGGAGCGAAGGGUUUUGCUCUUAUUGGUUCUGAGCUAUUUCACAUACCUGCCAUUUGCUAUCUGUGUGGAAGUGCCGGUAAAGAGCCGUUGAUCCACUGUCAGUGCUGUUGCGAGCCAUACCACGCCUUCUGUUUGGAACCCAGUGAAUGGAAUGCUUGCGCCCAGCCAAACUGGUGUUGUCCCCGGUGUACGAUAUGUCAAUCCUGCCAUCUUAGAUCCGGCCCGAAACUGUCCUGCAUUCGUUGUCGUCAGUCCUUUCACCAUUCGUGUUUGUCAAAGUCUGGUGUCAGUUCGAGACUGUACAGUCCCGAUCGACCGUAUGUUUGCCAGAGCUGCAUUAAAUGUAAGAGCUGCGGUAGCGAAGGCGUCAACGUCCACGUGGGCAAUUUACCUCUAUGCUCCAUGUGCUUUAAAUUAAGACAACAAGGAAAUUAUUGUCCUUUAUGUCAGAGGUGUUACAACGAAAACGAUUUCGAUACGAAGAUGAUGGAAUGUGGUGAGUGUUCCUGUUGGGUGCACGCCCGUUGUGAAGGUCUUUCCGAUGAACGUUACCAGAUACUCAGCUACUUGCCCGACUCGAUUGAAUUCACAUGCAGCCAAUGCUCUUCCAACUCAAAUUCCUCCGUCUGGAGGAAUGCCAUAGAGGCGGAACUAAAGGCGGGUUUUAUCAGUGUCAUCAAAGCCUUGAGCAAAAACCGCAAGGUGUGCGCAGCCCUGAAGUGGAGUCCCCGAAAAGAAUGUCUCUGCAGACCGCUCUCGAGUGUGAGAAAACUCGAAUUUCCCGAGGACAGGAGCGAGACAGGCUGCACAAGGGAGAACGAGGAUUCAGAAGAGUCCAACAGCGACAAGUUCGCGGACACCGACGCGAGCUCGGCUACCUGUAAGGACGGUACAAAUAAACCCGACUCGGAAGAACAAUCGACGGACGGUCCCGCCAGGAAAGGUCUGCGACGGCUACGGCAAAAAUUUCAUCUGAGAGAAUGUUCAGUCCGAGUAAAGAACUGUAUUCCAAAGGACUCGCAAGACAACGAGAGGAAAGACUGGACGAGCCAGGAAUCCUCGACUGCCCCGAGCAGCGAUGUCACGGAAUGCCAUUGUUCUGAACAGCAGAUCAUCGUGAGACCUUCGCCCACGUUGAUGUCCGUGAAACGCAAAGUUAACGGCAACGAAUACAAGUCAUUGUCGCAGUUUCACUGUGAUAUGGAGCACGUUAUCAAUCGCAGCGGCACCAAGGGUCUCACGGAGACUUACCACGAUAUCUUGCAAGAAGUCUUUCCCUGGUUCACUCCAAAAGACUUCAAGAGCGGCAACGACGAGUGCGAUGUGUCACCGUCUGUCAAGAACUCGUGCAAAGAUACCGCCCUAACGACCAAAUUCGACGACCCCAUUCUGGAGGCGUGGAAAGAGGAACUGAUGAAGGCGCCGAAAGCGAUUGCUGCGAAAACAGCGAAUUUGUACAAUCUCCACGUCGAGGACAGCAGGUCAUGUUGCUUGUGCAAGGGCUUGGGCGACGGCCAAGAGACGAAGGAAGGCAGACUGCUGUAUUGCGGACAGAACGAGUGGGUGCACGCGAAUUGUGCAUUGUGGUCCAAUGAGGUAUUCGAGGAGAUUGACGGAUCAUUGCAGAACGUUCACAGUGCCAUCUCGCGCGGUCGUUUGAUCCGCUGCACCGAGUGUGGUAAGAAGGGCGCGAGCAUUGGUUGCUGCGCGAAAAACUGCAGCAAUACCUUUCACUUUCCGUGCGCGAGGAACAUCGCACUUGACUUCAACGACGAUAAGACAGUAUUUUGCGCCGCGCAUUCAAACCACAAUGGGCACAAGCCAUUGCAAAACGAGAAUGAAUUCAGCUUGAAGCGAUCGGUGUACGUAGAGCUGGAUCGUAAGAAGAAGAAGCAUGCAGAGCCCAAUAAAGUCAAGGUGAUGAUAGGUUCUCUGAUGAUCGACUGCUUGGGCACCAUCGUUCCCGAGUUUUCCGACACGACCGAGAAAAUAAUACCAUGUGACUACAAAUGCUCCAGGCUCUACUGGUCCACGGUGAAUCCUUACAAGAUUGUGCGAUAUUAUAUCAGGACCUAUGUGCAGGUGCACAUGCCGGACGUUUCAUGCGAUAUGGAGAACAACAUCACCAUCGAUCACACUAAAGAGCAAGAGAAAGAAGAGACGCCAGUAGACGCGCAAAAAGUGGAGUUUCUAGCCGUAAAACAAACUCUAGACACACUGAUUGACAUCGUAUGCAAUAAGGAGGUCGACGAAAAUCUGGCAGAGCAGAAUAACACAGAUAUUCUGCCACCAGAGCUAAAGGAAGCUAUAUUCGAGGAUUUGCCGCACGACUUAUUGGACGGUAUCUCCAUGCAGGACAUCUUUCCGAAAAUGUCGUACGAGGAUUUUUUAGCCAUGGACUUGAAGAAUGACGGCUCCUUCACCGCAGAUCUGUUCAAAGAUGAUAUGUUGCCGUCGGAGGUUGAGGAGGCGAUCAAGCCGCCGGAGAGCAAGAUCUCGAAGAUGGAUUCGUCUUUGCUAGAACUCGGGCCGCAUAACGAUCUUUGGGUACGGCUAGAGACGAAAACCGCAGUGCAGGAUCUCAUGGACGAUCUGUUCAAUUCGAAAGGCCAAAAACGCGGCGGCAGAGAGCUGAAGCGCUCCAAGUCCGAAGUGAUGUCGAACAAUCCGUUGAUCGUCGGCGGUCACCAGCGGCACCAUCAGCGCUCCUGCAGUCUUACCUGGAGCUGCAAAUUGGACAACAGUUACGGUGCCAGCUUAAAGAGGCGGAAGAUACCGCGUAAUCCAUCCAGCACCAAAUCCAACGAGACCGGCCUUAUCGUUCUGGACACGCAGAACGAACGCACAUCCAUGUUCCACGAACUAAGGCUCCCGGAGAGCAUUAUGGUCACUGUGGGUCGCGGAAACACUCCCAAUAUACUUUCUGAUUCGGUGCGUGAGCUAAAAUACUGUAUCGAGGACUCGAGCGCACUCAAUCGCCGUAUGUUACCAACUCGUGACGACGCGAAGGAGCACAAAAGGCUGUUCUGGCAUCCGAGGCAGCAGCAACCGCGAAUACUGCAAGUGGACGGGCCAGCGGACGCAAGCAGCGCCAGUGAGUGCAGUUCACCAGAGUACAACGCCGAGGAGAAGAGUAGUACGACUAGUCUGCGUACAUCCGAGGAGUCGUUGUCGAUCCCACAAUUGGACGGUAUCAACGACGAACAUUCGUCCGACGCAAACGAGUCAGUCACCGAAAAGGAUUCCUUCUUGCACGCGCGCUUUUCCAAUUUCUUACAACCAAAACGUAUCUUCGGCUUCGUCAGGUCGCAUAUGUCCAACUGCGACAAGUCGAAAUCGAAGAGUAAUAACGCCAGUCUAGUCGUGAGCGCGCCUGCGAAAUGCACUCCUCACAAGACAGCGAGUCCGUUUAAGGAGAAGAGCGUCCUCAAAUUGAAUCUGCCGCAGAUCCCACAGUUGGACGGCGCGGAUGACAUCUCGAGCGACGACGAGUGCGGCGUCUCGUCGCAGCAGCACACGGCGAUGCGCGAUAACAAGCUGACACGUGUCCAGUACGAGUCGACACCGUUCGAACAUCACAUCGACCGGCCGGUCACCUGCAAGAGAUGUUGCUGCACAUAUCGCACGCAAGAUAGCUACAACCGGCAUUUGACCAACUGCGACAUCAUAAUUACCAGCGACAGCGACUCGGAGACCAUGGACAACAAGUUAGCAUCGUCGCCGGACUCGAGGUUCUCCCCUAGCAACGGUUCGGUGUCGCCACAGUUCAUCACGCUGUCGCCGUCCGAAGGUCAUACUUUAUCGACCGACUAUACGGAUAUUCAAGCGACCUCACCGAUCGAGGCGUCGGUGCCAUCGCCUCACCCGAGUAUCCAGAUCGAGCCAAUUGCACAAGCUAUCAUCACUCCGCAGAUCCGUGCUCACGCCACGCACGUGGAGACCGUUCACCAGACAGUAUUAGCGUCCAACGACGUAAUCGUGCAGACGCAAUACACGCGCAGGACUACCACCCUGCCAAACCGAGCAGUAUUACCGCAAGAGAGCACGGUACAGAUCACCGAGAUCACCACGGAUCCGUCAUCCGUUUCCAGCGAUUCCACUGUCGCGCACAACAAUAUGGUGAAUACGCCGAUGAGUUCUCCGGACAGCACGCAAACCGUCCCCACGCCGGAGAUGUCGCCCACCUUCUCGUCCACGGGCGUGCAAACCGCACGUGACUCGUCUUCGCUGACGUCGUCGUCGUCAUCGUCGACAUCGUCAUCGCAGAUGAACGCGUCGCAGAUUAACCGCGCUGCCUCCAAAUCCAAGAGCCCACGUGUGCCCAAGCCUCGUGCUAAGAGCGUAAAGUCGCACAUCGUGAAGAAUGUCGUGCAACCGCCUAAUACCACCCACGCGAGGUACCAGCCAGUGCAGAGUAGCGCACCGGUUAUCCAGUUGGCGCAGCAAACGCAGAGACCGACUGUGAUUCUCCAGCAAGUGGCGUCUCCCGGAAUCGUAUCGGCAUAUGUAGAGACACUGCAACAACAGUCAGGUCAGAAUUUGCAGUAUAUCACGACGAUCGGUGGUCAGCACGAGUCUAGUUUCAAGCCUCAGUUCAUUACCACUAAUCACCUAGUGCCUGGCACUUACAUACAAGCGUCGUCUGACAAUCUGCUGGCACUGCAGAACGGAGGCGGUAUAUCGAUACUGCCUAGCGUGCAGAUCGCGCAGACACAGCCAACGACGGUAUUGGGCACCAUCAUACAGCAGCAACCAGGCGCCGCGAUUCAGUGCGGUGUCAUAUCGUCAGAACAGUUACUGCUGAGCUCCACUCCCACUCUGGAAAUGUUCACCGAUCCGACUGGCGGCAUGUUUGUGUCGAACCAGCCGAUGUACUACGGCUUGGAAACGAUCGUUAGCAACACCGUGAUGUCGUCCAGCCAGUUCAUGGCAGGCGCGGUACCGCAGGUGUUGGCCAGCAGUUACCAGACUACCACACAGGUGUUCCAGGCGUCCAAGCUGAUGGAGCCGAUUGUGGACGUGCAGGCUGUAUCCGGUAUGCCGACGGUCACGGCGGUGCAAGCUGUGCAGAACGUAGCGGGUGUACCGACAAAUGUGCCCAGUGUGCAGAACGUACCAGGUGUACCCAACAUUGCCGGUGUACCUACAAACGUUGCGAGCGUGAGCAGUGUGCCUAGUGUGCCAGCAGUACCUGGCGGUUACGUAGUGGUGAAUCAACCAGCACCACCACCACCACCACCACCACCACCAGCAGCAGCAGCAGCAGCAGCAGCAGCGAUGGCGACAACAGCAGUAGCAACACCAUUACCAACACCAGUAGCAGCAACAACAACACCGGUACCGACACCAGCACCGGUAUCGGUACAGCCACUUCCACCGCCUCCACCAGCACAAGCACCAGCAUUACCGAUGGAACCGACAGCUCCGCAGAUAAACAUCUCCUCCACUGCCUUCGGUUCUAUCGCGUGCAACAUCGUGUCGCCAGCAGCAGCUCCUUGUCAGAACGUCGUAGCGAAGCCAAUGAUGUCGAUCCAAGUGGCGGACGUGUGCUCGUCCGACAUGCAUAAUGGCGCUGCGACAGCGACGUCGGUAAGAGUAUCGACGUCACCUAAACUGUCGCCACACACGAUGCCACCGAUGAUCCCUCGAGUGGCCGUGCGACCCAGUCCAGUCGUGCACUCGGUCGCUCAGGUAAAUCACGGUUCUUGGAAGAUCACCGAGCCGUUGUUCGGCACGGAGCAACCGAUGAGCAACAGUGUGCGGCCAUACUUUGACUCGAAACACGUGUCGGAGAACACCAGUAUGAUCAAGUCCAGCAUCUCGUCGUCCAAGAUACCGCCUUUGCCGAACCAUUGUAUCGCCCAGAGGAGUCUGGUCGUGAACAAGUCGCAUCAUGACGCGAACAAGAGUUACAGCAGCGGCACAGCGGCAACGUCAAACUGCGUCAGCGUGAAUGUUAACAAUAUCAACUGUCAUCCAGUAGUUGUCAAUAAUUCCAACGCGCAGAACAAAAUCUCGAUGCCGACGAGCAACAGCACGCCUACCAGUCGGCCAAUGAAUAGGGUACUACCAAUGCAGGCAGUCACGCCGAAGCAGGAUCCGACGAAGGCCGCACAAAAGGAUGACAUCGCAAUGAUCGAGGAGCCGACGAAGCCGGUGAUCAAGCCAGCCGAACCAGAGAUCACGAAUAAAAAGGAGAUCGUCGGGGAGAUCGUUGAAGAGACUAUGAAGAAGCCUGAACCCACGCUCAAUCUCAGCGACGGCAUCAAACUGAAUACGGAGACCAUAGAGAAGGUGAAAGAGAAUCUCAAGCUGGAGCUCGACAAAGAGAAGCUGCAAAACACGUCGUUGAAGAUAGUGUUGCAGAAGCAACUGCAAGACGGCUCGUACAAGAUCACGCGCAACAUGAAGGCGGUCACGCAAAAUAAGAAAACGCCGCAGGUAACCUCCGUAGAAAUACUGCCGUCGAAGCAGGUACCGCAGAUCGCGUCACUGCAAUUGUUACCGAUCAAAACAUUCACGCUCAAGGCCAACAAAAUCGAGGAUAAAGUGAAGCCGGCCAUAGACACGAAAGUAAACAUACUCAAGGCAAGGACGCCACCGGUCGCUGUAAAAAAGCCCAGGAUCUUGGCGAAGUCCAUCAGAUCGGUGCGAAAUAAUCCGCAGCCGAGUUCGCAGAUGCAAAAGAACUGUUCGAGAGGACCGACACUGAUGUAUGAGAUCAAGUCGCAGGACGGUUUCACUCAUACAGCCUCGUCAAUGGCUGAAGUCUGGGAGACGGUAUUCCAGGCGGUGCAGAACGCUCGUAAAGCGCACAAUCUACCGCCAUUGCCUCACAAUCCACUGCUGGAGGGUCUCGGUCUGGAGAACAACGCAACUGUUUACUUGGUCGAGCAAUUACCGAGUGUGAACAGAUGCACCAAGUACAAACCUAAAUUCCACACGCCGACGCCACCGAAACCCGGUGAGAUAGAGAACGAAUUACCAGCAGCGUCCGACAACGGGGCGGCGCGGGCAGAACCUUUCAAGAACAGGAAAGUGCACGACAUGUUUAGUUGGCUGGCGUCACGGCACAGACAACAGCCGAAGAUGAUCGCUAUAUCCGAGGCGGAGUCCAGGCGAGUCACAAGCACCAAUUUGCCCAUGGCGAUGCGCUUUAGAAUACUUAAAGAAACAUCAAAAGAAUCUGUCGGUGUGUACCACUCUCACAUACACGGUCGAGGUCUGUUUUGCCUACGUGAUAUCGAGGCUGGUGAGAUGGUCAUUGAAUAUGCUGGCGAGGUUAUUCGAUCUUCUCUGACCGACAAGAGAGAAAAGUACUAUGAUAGCAAGAACAUUGGCUGUUACAUGUUCAAGAUCGACGACCAUCUUGUCGUUGACGCAACUAUGAAAGGAAAUGCAGCCAGAUUUAUCAAUCAUUCGUGCGAGCCAAACUGUUACUCGCGAGUGGUGGAUAUUCUUGGUAAGAAACACAUAUUGAUUUUCGCUCUCCGCCGUAUCACUCAAGGGGAGGAAUUAACGUACGACUACAAAUUCCCGUUCGAGGACAUCAAGAUCCCAUGUACUUGCGGUUCCCGCAGAUGUCGCAAAUACCUCAAUUGAGACUGCAUAUAUACAGCUUAUCCUAAGCAGCCGAUCGACGACACAGAGAUAAAAUAUGUGCUAUAAUUGCGCGCGCGCUUUCGAGAAUAGGAUUCGUUUUAUUAAACGUUAUUAAUUUACUCAUCAUCAAACUAUUUUCAGAGAUUGCAGCUUUUUAUUACUAUGAAAGAGCAUAGAUUAUACAUUUUAAAUAUUAGAAGGCCAGAGUGUAUAGUACGCGAAGCACGGCGAUUGCGACCACGUUGUUUUAGACAGCUACGUUCGUGUAGUUGAUUUAAUAGGUAAAGAGGGAGAAGAAAGAGAGAGAGAGAGAGAACAAACGGAGGAAUGGGGAGAGAGGGGGAAGGUAUAUGAGAUGUAUACCUUGUAGCAAUAAACGAUUCGAGCAUGUCCCGCUUUCGUACCCGGCGAGUCGUGCGUGUACUAACGCGCUUUGAGACUUUUGAAAGUGUUACUUUAUUCACGCCUGUGCUUUCUCGCACGACUUUUAGACUCUACCUAUUAUCUACUAUUGAGGCUUAAGUGUACAAGUUAUCUUACACUUUACACUAAAUGCGAGGGGCUCAUCGGUUCGUAUGAUUUUGAUGCAUCUUACGUCGACAAAGGUUUGUUGAGGGUUCGACCGAAUUUGAGAAACUCUUCCCCCUAUAGGUGAACGUGCUAAAACAUAUUAAAAAUAGAACCUGUUUCGUGCGAAGCGACGCGUCGAGAAAGACCGCAAGUCUUCGACGUUCGUAGUUUGCGAGAGACCAAUUGCGUUUCUCUCGAGUACCAUGGAACAAAAAUGACAUGUAAGCGCAUUGUACAAAUGUCGAGCGGAUGAAUUUAAUGCGCGAUAUAAUUGUAUAUUUAAAUGAUUCGUGUAAAUUUUUAAAUUUAGUGUACAGUGUAUGACUAACUUCGUGACAUUUCACGUCUGCUGUGUAGGGCCAGAUUUCAAGUGUUUUUGUAAAAUAUGUAAUUGUUAGACUAGAUAUAUCGUCUUUGAUGUAAGUACAGCAAACUCGUUUUAACUUAAGUUAGGAAUGUAGACAUUAAGGAGAGAGAAAAGAAGAAAGAGGGAGAAGGGAAAGAUAGAGAAUGGCAAGAGAGAACAGUCUCCUAUAACACAGGAUAUUGUUCGAAGGUGUACCUACUUUGGCAGACAUUGAUACGGUUUUUUCGUCUUAUUAAUUGAAACACGUAGCAUCCGCGAUGUGAGAGGAUUAUCUGGACACUUUCGUCUAAAGAGGAAAGAUUUCGAACCGUACAACCGUGCAAAGGUGAACAGCGCCAGUUUGAUAUUUCCUUUUUUUCUGUAUAUUUUUAGAUAUAUCGCACCUAUAUAUUUGUACUUUCACCUUGCCAAUAUCACGAUCAUUGACUUUGUCAACGUCUGAGUUUUUAACGUUCGAACGAAUUUAAAUGACGAAAUCUGCAAGACAGAUCCGAUAUUUCUUUUAACUAGUAUUCAAUAGAGCCGCUAACAUUUUUAACAACGAUAAUUUCGGAUGAGCUUCUAUCGCAAAGUCAGUUUGUUCAUCCUGUCUGACGAGGUUUACGCAUUGUUUGAGAUAAACGUUUCCGGGGGCGUUCUCGGGAAACGUUUGUGAUACUUUCCCAUAGUGGGAAAUAUUAGAGAUGCUUUUUAUAGGAAUAUAUUUUACAUUUUUACGAAUAUAUACAUAUACAUAUAUAUCAUAUAUUCCGUACCAAUAUCCUUCCGUGAAGUCCAGUUUUGCCUUACUUUUAAUGUACCUACGCUUCUACCCGGUGAUAGAUUUAGAUGUACGUACGCAAAUGAUAUUUUAUAUUUGGAACUAACACAUACACACACACACAUACACAUACACACACAACCGCAAAUGGCGCAUCACGCGCCCCUUCGAGACCACUACGUAUUUUAGCGCAAUCAAUCAAUCAAUCUCUGCCGAGGUGGUAGUCCCUUAAAUUUUGGUGCUCCAUGGACACCGUUAAGUGCACUUUUCAUGAAAAAAUGGCCUAGAGUAAGAGAUAGUAGGUUGCAGUGCGCGGAAGUGUUUGAUAAUAAUAAGAAAUGCGUUAUACGAAGAAUAUUGAACGCGAAUUAUUUAAAGAGGUAAUAUAAAGGGGUGAAGCGAUGGCAUGUGAAAAAAGCAUUAUUUGAGCACGCGAAUGAACGCCAGUCGUGCUGCGAUUUUAAUCGGCCUGGUUUGGUACAAAGUGCGUCGUAUGCUGAGUUGUAAAAAGUUACGAAAACGGGGGAAAAUGGAAACUUGUUCUGGUCACGUGAAAUUGCCAUUUUUUUUUUUUUUUAGAUAUUUUGAAUCUUUUUUUUUUUUUUAUAUUAUAAUUACCGAUAAUUAAUAACUAUUAUUGGAAAAUGAAUAUUGUUAAUAUAAUGAUAAUUAAUUUUAAUCUGUACAUGAAAAGUAAUACGACUAGUAAGGGUGGUAAUUUACUUGAAAAUAUAAUAACGAUGUUAGAUAUUUUAUUGAUAUUUAUUGAUUACGGAGAACGGUAUUAGGGUUGACGGAAAAAAAGUACUAACGUAAACCGAACAAUUUAGAACCGGUGCACACACACGGUGGUCACACUGUUGAUACAGACACAGAGAUUAGGUUAUUUCCGUUUUUCCGACGAGUAUACGAGGAACGGUGUAUCCUCGAUUCGAUUGCAGCUUCUGCAGAUCAUUACUCUAUGAAUAUUGAAACUACUUUGGGCUUUACGAAGUGUAUACUCUGCAAACACACACGUACACACAACCACUUCGUAUCCCAACUUUUACAAUCGCUACGUAUUGUGAUCGUAGGCAAUAGGCUAUCUAUCAUUAUCCAAUUUCAUUUACACCCGUGUACAAUCGUGACUUUAUGUACACUCGUGAAUAGACUCAAAUUUUCAGCA